AACAACACAGUGGCUGGGCUUAGUGAUGCUGCCAGGGGAAGGAUAGCAACCAUUAGGAACAGACAAAUAAAUAUUCGGUCUCAGUUGCCUUCCUGUGAGCAUCACAACCUGCAGCACAAAAGAGAUAAUGGCAGAUUCUUCAGUGGUGGAUCACCUGACACGACUGAAACUCAAACUCCUGGAAAAGAGACUAGAAAAUGAACAGGAGAACUUAGAGAAGAUGGGAUUGUCUCUCCCAGCUGCAAGGAACAGACCUCAGGACAUGCUCCAAAGUGCCCUGAGGCAAAGGAAAGAUCUGCUGCAGGAGCUUAGGGAACAGCACCUUCUGGAAGAGCUUUCACAGCCACCUGCACCAGACGGGGGACACUGCCAUGACCACAGAGCUGCCCUCCCACAAAUCUACCAGAUCCCUUUUCCAGCUUCCCCAGUGGAGCCACCAAGGAUUAUCCAGCAGACAGUGCCAGCUCAGCCUGCCACCAUCAUCCAGCAGCUGCCUCAGCCCUCGCCCGUGAUCACACAGAUUCCCCCAGCCCAGCCCUUGGCUGCCCCCCGCUCUGGGAGCAUUAAGGAAGAUAUGGUGGAGAUGAUGCUGAUGCAGAACGCUCAGAUGCACCAGAUCAUGAUGCAGAACAUGAUGCUGAAGGCUCUGCCACCAGCCCUGCUCACCCAGCUUGGGGGAGCCAGCGCUGCCCCGCUCCAGCACACGCAGCAGGACCUGCAGCUCGCUGCUCCCCUGGCCGUGAAGGCAGAGAGGCCCAAGGCACCCGUGGUGCACCACCACCACCAUUACCCUCCCACGGGGGUGCUCCCACUGCCCCCCAGGAGCUUCCUGCCCACGGAGCAGCCCUGGAGCAGCAGCCCUGCCCAGCCUAUGUGGCCCACAUACUGACAGUACAGGACCCUCUGCAAGUGGAUCAUAGCCUUUCUAAAACCAAUAAAAUCCUGCUGUUCUUCCUCAGUCAUUGACAUGUCUUUUUCUUCAGCACCAUAAAUCAAUCACUUUCCCCUCCUUUACUUUUCCCCAGAGGACAAGCUUUCAUCCAUGCCCAUGUUAUCCUGUCCUUUUAAGUUUUAUUUACGACUUCUUAAAAGGCUCCCUCAGAGUUUUUAUCAGGCAACACUUUUUCAUGCUCUCAGCAGCCUGGUUUUGCUUGACAUAGAAAGAUGAACGAUGAUUUUAUAGCUCUUUCUCAGUAUCUUCCCACCUUCUGUUUUUAGAGUGGAGAACAUCUGUACACUGGGUUUGCCUCAUGCAGUUUGUGAGUGAGUCUGAUUAAGAAAACCCAGGGACCUAAAUUUUGUUUGGAAUGAAGAAAACAUAGUAACUAUCACUGCUGGAAACUAAUUGUGUGCUGUGUUCCAAAACCAAUUAAUGAAUAAUUUAUUUGCUAUAUAAAACCUACCUUGCCCUUUGCCCUCUCUGCUCUGUUGUCUUUGAGAUUCUUAUUGCUCCCUGCAACUUCUCACUUUCUACAACUGCCUGAGAGAGGAAAUGGCUUCAGGUUGUGCCAUUGCAUUGAAUAUUAGGAAGAAACUCUUGACUGACAACAUUGUCAGACAUUGGAAGAGGCUGCCCAGGGAAGCACUUGAGUCCUGUCCCAUCCCUGUAGGUGUUUAUGUGGCAUUUAGGAUCACAGCUUAGUGGUGUGCUUGGCAGUGCUGGGUUAGCAGCUGGGACUCGAUGUCCUUAGAGGGCUUUUUCUACCUUAAUGAUUCUCUGAGCCAGAUCUGCUGGGGCCUGGCAGGUUUAGCAAUAAAUUGUGCUUGGUGAUACAAAUAUCUGCA